UUUUUUCAGCGUGAGCAACGAGAGCUGGCUGUUGGUUAAUUGUGAAAAUAGCUUGUAAACUAGUAAAAACUGCACGGAUUUGUGAUUGUUUGGAAACUUGCACGGUGCGGAUAGCCACUUUAUGUGCAGCAUGACUAGCAGCAGCGAACUGCCUCCAAUCAUAUUACAAGGAAAACAGUUGAUUAAAUAUCGUCACCUCAAGCGGAAAUAUCCGGUAUCCAGGGAUUUCCUUCAUCGCAAUUGGUGGAACGUAAAGCGCUUCAUCAUCUAUGCCCUGACGCCACGCUGUGUCCUGCGGAACUACGCCUGGCGCAGGCGACGCAACAACCGCGUCGUCAUCCGGAAGCGCGUUCGCAUUUGUCUCUUCGAUCCGCGCCUUAAGCGGAUGAUCAAAAGGCGUAAGAAGAACAUCAGAAAAUGGUCGGUUAGCAUCGUAAAUCAUCACAAGAAAAUGGGCCAUAUCGAGGAGUACGAGGAGACGGAGCUAUACAACGUGGCAGAGCCGCUGCCAGCCGCGGAGUUGUCCAAGCAGAUGAAGCAACAACUGGAGCUGCUCAAGACAGGCAAACGGACUCUCUGCCUGAUAGAAGAUACCAACAAAAAUUUCGAUAUGCUCGAUGCCAAAGCAUAUGGGGCAAUCGCCGAACGAAUCGGUGAAGACAAUGGUCAGAGCGAAUGCAGUGAACCAAUGGACAUCCCACCCGCGAAGGCGACAGACGAGAGGACUCCCACAAAGUCCCCCGAAUCAAUGUUUGCUGGCCAGGAAGAUGCACCCACGCCAGCCACUCCCAGCAAAGAGAAUACCAGCCAGGCCAGUGCCUGCUCCAGUGCCGAAAAAGCUGAGAAAUCCGAGAAAUCCGGUGGCAGCAAGUUUCUGGACAUGCUGAUCAAUAAAGUGCGGGUGAAGACCUUCGCCCGGGAAUCGAAUUUACCCAUUGAAACGUGUCCAACACCUGCGUUUACUGCCGAAGAGGACGGCAGCGGCGAUUUUGUCGGCUUCGAUGAGAGCGUCCAUCAGCCGGGAAUGCUGCUCACACCCAUAGUACCACAGAGCUGCAAGACGCUGGAGGGGAAUUCGGCCUUCGUCAGCGAAUCCCUCGAUGCGUACAUGCGCGAGCAUCACAUCAACGAUGACAAGGAGAAGCUCCUUGAGCCCAUGGGUCACGACGGGCAGGUCACCUCACACAGUCUGCCGCCGCCCAUGGAUAUGCCAGCUGUUCCCGAGGCCUUGCAGCGGCUCCGCACGGUGGCCGAGCGUCGUUCGUAUCUGCUACGCUCCAAGAACCAGAAGAUGGCCAUCAUUAACAACGAGGCCAACAUCUACAGGGAGCUGCAGCGCAAGCAGCGCCAGCGUAAGGUCAAGAUUGGUGCCAUGCAGCUCCUGCAGUCCUCCUCCACACAGAUGCCCUUCACCCGCCAGGGCUGGCAGGCGGCCAGCUAUGUGGCCACCGAAAUGUCCAAGUAUUACUAUCAGGUGAUACAGGUGGACGGUGAGAGGGUCCGCCUGCCGGGUGCCCAAGGCAACAAUCUGCAGCGGGAGAAGCUUCCAUACCUGAGCAAACUCACGGUCCAGGAGGCGGCCACAGUUGGGUGCACAGACCUGUGCCUCGACGCAUCGAUUCAUCCCAAGCUGAAUAUCGUGCGCACCACAGCGACGAAUGCCAUGAACCACAAGCGGCUUAAUCAGUUCCCAUUAUCCGCCAUCUUCCCACCCUGCCCGCUGUCGAUGAAGCCGCUGCAGAAGCCAUUGGAUGACGACACGGCCGCUCUACUGCUGGCCGGCGGCAGCAUGGCGGUGGUCAGCAUGCCCACAGUACAGCUCGAAGUGAUGCCACUGCUGGGUAGGCCACUGGACGAGAUUGCGAAGCGGUAUCUGCAGCAUAUUCUGCCCCAUCAUGACAUAACCAGAGAGUGGGCCGAGUUUAGUUUGUCGACGCUGCAGCAGCAGCCGCCUGUCUGCAUGAAGGAGGCCGAGCAGCAGGCUUCCCAGACGGCAGCUGGCCGACGGAAGAGCUUCACCUUUGUCAUUCCAUAUAUAAACGAUCGCAAUCACAUCCUGGUGCGUCGUGUGGUGGAUCGGUCUGAACAGAUGGAUUCCAGCUUCUACCAGGAGCCACACAAGCUGCAGGAGUUCGCUUUCCGUAAAGCUUUGCCCCAGCAACCCGACGCCGAUUUGCUGGACUGUGCGGACAUGAUCAAUGACAUGAUCAACACGGUGGCCAUCAGCUGCAGCGAGAACAGUUUCAUCAGCGAGGAUAAGCUGACAAUGGAUGAUCGUGCAUCGGUCAGCAGCCCACCGAAGCCUGCUGUCGACCUGAAUCUCGUCAAAGAGGAGGAUGACAAGUCCUCCGGCAAGUGGAAGUGUCGUCCCACCAAGCAGAAGCGUUUGGCCAACGAGCUGCGUCGCCUCAAUGCCACCAUCAUAGAUGCGGCCGCCAGGAAUGCAGAUGCCAAAACGCCGUGCCGCAAGGACCACUGCCAGCUGGGCUGCCUUUGUGCCAGUCUGAGCGGAGCCGAGCUGCCGAUGCGGGACCAUUGCGGACGCGCCGACUGCGUUCUUGAGUGCCAUUGCCUGGGCGGCGAACAGGCGCGUGUGAUGCGCGUCCAAACGGCCGAUGGGCGAAGCAUCUCCAACGAGGAUGCGUUCAAUUUGCGCCGCAAGGCCACUGCGCGGCUGGCCAAAAUGGAGAAGGACUUCACCUCCACACUGGUGCUCACGGACAACGAGACGCUGCUGAUAAACGAGUCGCAGGGCGAUAAGAAGCGACGCUGCACCAAGGCCCCAAAGCGCUACGAAGACUUUGACGACUCGAACAUGUUUGACGACGACGACGAACUGGUCUCCCCAUCCAGGUCCACAUUGAAGAGAAAUGCUGCAAUUGCGGCUGCCACGGCAGCAGCUGCUGCUGCAGCGGCUUCGGCGGCAGCUGCGGCCAACGCUAAGAGUGCCGCUGCCGCUCUCACCAAGAGCUGCAAGGUGAGGGACACGGAUCUGGCCAAGCUGAAGCACUGCUCUGUUUCAAUCCGUCGCCUGCCCGACAUGGGCAACCUGGCCACCUUCUGCAUGAUCCAUCAGCUGUACAAGUGCUUCUGUGGCGGCGAGUCCAUCGAGGGCAAGCCCGUGGUCAUCGAGAAGGAGCAGUGGAACGCGACCGUAUCGCAUUACAACCCAGAGCUGGCCACCCGGGCCCACUAUAGCUUUGAGCGGCCACCGGAGGAGCAGCCGAAGAAGAGGGGCAGGAAGAAGCAAAACCAAACUGAGCUCGAGGUGGCUGAAAAGGAGAUGGCGGAGGCGGAGCCGCCGCCGUUGCCGCCCCAACAGAAACUCGAAGGAAUGCUGGUUACGCGGCCCAAAGUUGUUGUGACCACCAAGUCACCGAAGAAUGUGCGCAAAGAGGAGUGUGCGCCGAAGGUGGCCGCAACUUCAACACCUGCUGCCGCAUCCGUACAUCCUGCGCGCUUAUCGUCGCCGCAUGAGCGCAGCGUUGAGCUGGACAACAUUUACGCCUACUACAUUUCGCGUCCCUAUCUCUGCCGUCGGGCCGUGUCCGUGCCCAGGCGCUCCUAUACGCGACGGAAUCGCUGUCGCGUCAAUAGCACGCGCGAGUACAUAAAUUCGACGGAGACGCCUCAGACGCAGGAGCUGCUCAAGAGGCGCAUCGAUGGCGCCGUCUUCUUCUAUCGCAAGGAGUUGGAAAAGCAGAGACGUCGCCAGCUGAUGCUGCAGGGCCAGGCUCAGGACGUGGCUGCCGCCCCGGUCAUAGUCGUGCGGGAUGACUCGGACGAGAGCGAACAGACCGGCAGCCGGAAGCGGAAUGUGCCGUCGGGCCGUCAGGAUGUGCAGUCCCGUGCCCCCCAGCAAGCGCACCAAACUACAAGCAGACAGGGCCCCUGGCGAUGGCAAGCGUCCCCUGGCAUACAGGUGCCACGCAUUGCCGCCUGCUACUCGCUGAAUUCGGCCUCUGUGGAUGUGCUGGGGUCGGGCAUGAACACCGCGGCGGCUGCUGCCGCGGCCGCUAGUGGCGUGGGGCCCAGCACCGCCGAGGCGGACUCGCCCAACUUCCGCUCCUUCUACAACGAGGUGGUGAAGAACAUGAACACGCUGGUCAGCAAGAAGAUGCAGGACAUUGAUUUGGCCCUGCAGCGCGAGAGCAAAAUCAUUCCGGCACCCAACGAGGAGAUUCUGUGCAUCAUCAAGUGGACCAACUUCCUGGCCGCCUUCGAGUCCAACUACGUGUACAUUUGGAUUGUGCAAAUGAAGACGUACACCUUCCUGGCGGCAACCACCACCAACCUGAUGCCCACCGUGUGCGGGGCCAUCGCCAUAGGCGACACCAGAUUCGCUCCCGCCACGCCCGAUACCCCCAUGAUGGCGCGCAUGCUGAUGGAGAGCAAGCGGAACGAGUACACCAGCCGACUGGCCGUGGUGAUGCAGGGCAGGCAGAGCUAUUGGCUGGUCAAGGGCUUUCUGCGUCACAUGCAGGGCAGCGCCUGCACCAAGCCGACGCCACAGACGCAUCCACUGCUCACCAAGAAGAUAAACGUCCUCUGCUCGCUGCUGGUGAAGCAGCGCAUUCGCGAACACCAGAAGAAGUUGGCCAGCCCCGAUGCUGGCCAACCGGCUAAAUCCCCAUCCCCAGCGAAUACGAUCGUGCCGGAGGAGCAGAGCGAAUCCGUAGCUGUAGUUAUGGCUGUGUCUGUGGCUGCUCCAGAAGCCGAUUGUGUGCCCGAGCCAAGACCGGCUUUCUCCAACCAGGCCCUGUCAAAGGCGAACGCUGCCAACAUCCGCACCAACAUCGAGUUCCGCAAAGUGACGCGCAACGACGUGGAUGAACUGGACAUACCCGAAAGCUACCAGGGUGACCAUCGUUGGGUGGUGCUGGACCUUGUCGAUGACUUCUCGCACAUCUUUGUGCCCGCCUUCGGGGAGAUGAUAUCGCUGGACAGGAUUCACAAGAUGAUGCGGGUGGCCCGUGACAAGAAGAAGCUGGUGAAGCUUCAGUUCUUCCAUAUGGCCCCAUACGACGCAUUCGUAACGGCCUCCUCCCUGAAGAAGAUCUACUUUGGGCCGCUGCGCCUCGAUAUGUCGCCACCCGUGCUGGUGCUGCUGCAGAGCGUCGAUGGCAAGAUGAUGCUGCGAGAGGUCUACCAGAGGGAGCAUUCCAUUCCCGUCCAGCCCCACCACAGGAGCAUGGCCUUUUGGGUGCUCAAAAUACAGGGACAGCUGCACUUUGAGAUCGAUCUGGAGGAUCAGAAGACCCUUACCGAUUCCAAUGCGACGCAGAUCACUCUGCCACCCGUUGACAACCUGGUUCCGGCUCCUGGCAACGCCAGCAAACAUUCGGUGCCCGCCAACGACUUGGCGGUUGUCAUCAUCGACAGCGACGACGAAGACGAGGAAGUGCUGGCCAAAGAUGACAAAGGAAAGGGACAGAGCGAGAGCGAGAAGCCAAUGGAGACUGAGACAGCGCCUCAGCCGGUGGGGGAAUCCCUCCCAGUGCCAGAUACGGAGAAAAUCGAGGAGCUACCACGCAUGAACUUUACCAUCCAAACGAUGCCCAUCAGCGGGGCCCUGCAAAUCACCCCAGAGUCCUGCCCUAAAGAGGCCCCAGAUGCUGGCCCAGAAUCCUCACGUCCAGGCAUUAACGAUAGCAACUGGCAGCCGACUGGCCCCUUUUUACCCUUCAUUGCCAAUGUGCCGGCGAUUGGGGAUCUGGCGCCGACCACCCAGUUCCUUACACCCCAAGUGCAGCUCACCCAAACAGCAGCCGGCGCGCCCUCUUCUUCUGAGCCGUCCAUUGUUUCCUCCUUGGACCCGCCGGCUCCUAAGGUCGGCCGCUUCUCCUUUGGCGCCAGGAUCAACGAAUCGCUGCAGGAGCUACUGAGCAGCGGCACCCCGACAGCGUCCCUCCCUGCCAGCAUAACCGUCACCAAGAUGGAUGGCAAUGAAUCCAAAGGAACAUCCAAAUCACCAGGCAAGGCUAGCCAGGAAGCCAUUAAGAUUGGCGCCAAGCGAAGCGUCUCUGGGGUGCCUAAGCAUUUACCAAGACUAUUGCCUAAACCGACUCCCGCGUCAAAAGAGAAGCCUGGCACAGGAACAGCCACAGCCACACCGGCAUCGGUAACACCAAUGGCUGGACCCACCAUUGCCCAGCAGUCGGCCACUACCUUCUCCAUCAGUAAUCUUCAGCCGAUACGACCACGACCUGCACCACCAGUAGGACCAGCCACCGCAAGGGCGGGCACCUGUGUGAAGAUGUUCUCCAGGGGAGGACCGUCCACCGCCAACAAAGGAGUUGUACGAGCGACAGUGCCAGAGAAGGCUCCGAUUUCUGCGGCUGCUGUGGAGGGGGAAAGAGUUGAUAAACCGGCGCAAAGAAGUCAGCCCCACUACACGUCCCUGCCACUACCGGUCGGAUGCCCGGCCGCAUCUCUUUGCCUGGCAAACACUGCUUCCACGGAACAGGCCCGCUCGCGGCAAUCCCUGCCGGCGAAAGUGCCGACGGCGCAGAAUGCGACUCAAACGGAAGGGGCGGCGGCACAGUGCACCUAUGGCUAUGUGGAAUCCGAGGGACUGCCAAGAUACCGCACCAAGCUGUCGGGCGACGAUUUCUUUCUCAAGAUGCCCAAUGUGGGAAUUCUGCGCUUCACGAACUGCGCGACUGCCAGCGCCUACCUCAAUCGCGAACUCAUGCGGAGGUCGGAGCACAAGUCCUUGCUGCCAGCCGAUUGGAAGUUCCGACCCGACCCACAGUCCAUUGUGAGGCAGACACUAGCCGCCAAAGUGUCAUCCAAGGAACAACAGCCACCGGCGGCCAUUGAAAUCGAAGAUUAAGCCCAAAAAUAGAAAAAGGCAAAAAAAACCUAUGUUGUCUCAUUACAUGAACAAAACGAAAUAUUUUUUGUUUAGUUUUAAGAAUACCUGUACUGCACAUACUUUACCACACGCUCAUCAUCGUAUCGUAUGUCUGUCUGAUACAUACAUAUGAAAUAUGUAAACUAUCUAGUUCGUAAAUUAAGUUGAUCAUGAUCUAAUGUUUUUUAUCAUUAAGCAAAUUUAUUAUUUACAUAAGUUUAUAAAAAUGUGGAUUUAAAUUAAUUUCGUUCG